GAUUGUUUUGAAUCAAGCUGAAUAGUGUGAGGAACUUCCCAAUAUUUGAGGCCAGGACGCAAAUUGACUCAUCAAAAUAAUAGUGCUGAGUGCUACAAAACUGCUAAUUAUUGUUACUGACACAGGUCCGAUUUCCCAGAUCCAUAACAAAAAACAUUGAAUUAGAAAAGGAGUCAUGUCUGACAACGAAUCCAACAAGCCCGCGUCGGAAUCGGAGGAGGAGGAAGAGUAUGUGGUGGAGAAAGUGGUGAAGAAGCGACUGGUGGCUGGAAAAAUACAAUAUCUCCUCAAGUGGAAGGGCUACGGGGACGAGGACAACACGUGGGAACCCAAGGAGAACCUGGACUGCCCGGACCUCAUUGCGGAGUUUGAGACCCAAGAGGCGGCUAGGACUGCUAAAAAGACCACGAAUAAGGAAAACACGACCAAGGCCGCAAAACCGAAAGACUCGGGAGGUAACAGCGUCGGCAGAGGUCCCGGCAGCGGCAGUGUCAAGUCUGGCGAGGUGUACGGAUUUGACAGGAAACUGGAACCUGAGAAGAUCCUAGGAGCUACGGAUGCGGGAGGAGAACUGAAGUUCCUCAUGAAGUGGAAGGGAAGUGAUCAAACAGACAUUGUCCUGGCUAAAGAAGCUAAUGUUAAAUGUCCACAAGUUGUCAUUGAAUUCUACGAAGACAGAUUGACCUGGACAAAUGACCAGGACAAAAAGUAAACAAUCAAUUGAUCGUACUAGACUUGCUUUUCUUCCCGCGAGUGUUUCGAUGGAUUUAAUUUACCAAAAGUGAUAAACUAACCAUUUUUAGGCGAGAUUUGACCAUGAAUAAUGGCCAAAAUUAUUAAUUUUCCAGCAAAAACCCAUUGGUUUUAAUACUAACACGUGUUUCGACGUUUAAGAUUAAAACUAAUACUUCUGGUCAAAUUUCGUUUCCAUUUGAUGUUUGCUGUUCCUGAUUUAUUUAAAUUCCCGGAGCUGGCAAUUUUGCAAUUUUUUCAUAGCUCUUUCUUUUGUUUAUAUCAAUUGUUGAAUCUCUUUGAUUGGUCAAGCUAUCUGGGUGCAGUUUUGAAGAAUAAUGGAAUUUAUUUUACCUUACCGCAAGCCGACUUUGUGUGCGUUUUAAAUGUGCUCUUUUUGCAGUCACAAAUUCAUUUGAUGAACGAGCAGAAUCAACUGCUUUUAAUA